ACCACGAGCCGUUUUCCUCCGCGCCGCGCCGAACUUUUCGGACGCAUUCGAUUUUUAAACUUACCGGACUUUUAAAGAGUUCGAUUUUUAAACUGUGAAGUGAGUGAUGUUUGUGAAUCGGUUGUGAUUGUUAUUUUUUUGUUUAUUGACAUUCGGACCAUCAAUCAAGCUCGGACAAUUGAAGCGGACUGCGAACAGCACUUAACAUGUCCGACUAGACCAUUCAGACAUCCGAAGGAUGACAAGAGUAGAGUAAAUUUAACAAGAAGGACACUACGCUGUUACCGAUGAACGACCUAAACUACAACGCCGGGAUGAGUUCCUACCAGUUCGUGAACUCCCUAGCCUCGUGCUACGGGAACCAGGCCCCGGGGCGCACGGGAACGCCGGUGGACCAGCCGGGGCACCCCGGCCUACCGACCCCGGGAGCGGAUUAUUACAAUCCAAGUGCGGCGGCUUCGGCCUAUCCGAAUGCCUGCUAUUCUCCCCCACAAGUCGGCCACCACUAUCCUCAACACCCGUACGCCACGCCAGCCGCAGGCGCGCACAUGCAGCCACAGACCAUGAUAGAUUACACACAACUACAUCCUCAAAGACUUGGAAACACUGCCAGUCACAUGCAUCAGCAUUCAAACCCGAGCCCUGGGGCGCUAUCACCGAAUUUGAUAUCUAACCCACCCAGCCAAGCCGGCGGCGCUAGUUGUAAAUUCGCUGAUUCCACAUCAACCACAGGCGUCGCGUCGCCACAAGAUCUCUCCACAUCAUCAGGCCCUGGUAGAACUUCGCCCGGCUUUGGCGUACAAGGAACUGGGUCUAAGCUGGGUCUGACGACACCCAUCGCUUCUCCAGUAGAACACAAAGCUAAUGUGAACCAGAACAUUUCGAGUCCGGCUUCCAGUACGUCCAGCAACGAAAGCAAUGAGGCUAACAACUCUAGUUCUAAUAAUACGAAGAAUUCUAAAUCUGCUAACGCGUCGGCGAAUCCUCCACAAAUUUAUCCUUGGAUGAAGCGGGUGCAUCUAGGACAAAGUACAGUGAAUGCCAACGGCGAGACGAAACGUCAGAGGACGUCGUACACGCGGUACCAGACGCUAGAGCUGGAGAAGGAGUUCCACUUCAACCGGUACCUGACGCGGAGGAGACGGAUCGAGAUCGCGCACGCGCUCUGCCUCACGGAGCGCCAGAUCAAGAUCUGGUUCCAGAACCGGCGAAUGAAGUGGAAGAAGGAGCACAAGAUGGCGUCGAUGAACAUAGUGCCGUACCAUAUGAAUCCCUACGGCCACCCCUACCAGUUCGACCUCCACCCGAGUCAGUUUGCGCAUCUCUCCGCAUAGGAUCAGUGGAAUUUUUCGAACAGCGGAUAACUGAUUUAUUAAGGUAAACAGUCGGCCGUGGUACCGCGGGGUUGCUUGUGUCAUCCAGAGGCCGCCAACGUCUGAGAUGCUACAGCAACUAGACUGGGUCAGUUAUUCGCUGUUUGAAAAAUUUCCACCUGAUAGCCUAAUUUUGUUAAAUUGUUGAUUGUGACGUUAUAAGUGACGCUAAAAAGUGGUGUGUGUAUCAAGAUACGUUAAGAAGGAUUGCAGUGAUAAAAUUAUGUGCAUACAAAGAUCUUUAAGUGUAAAAUUACCUAAAUAAUUCGAUUGAUCGACAAAUAUCAUAAGAUUCAUACGUACCUGGCAGAAGUAAUUAUUUACCUGCUAGUUUUUAUUAUCUGUAUUGAAAUAAUGACCAGAUGUUGAUACUGUACUGAUUGAUGUAAAGUCUCAAAAUCUUAUUUCAUUUUGAUCUAAAUGCCACAGUGUAAUAUUUUAUCGUAAAUGCUAUUGGGAUACGUUAAAAUAGUGUUAAAUUUGAUGUAGGAAGAAAUUUACCUAGUCAUAAGCUAUGAUUCGAAUUGCAUGUUAUUCCUAAAGACAACGGAGAGCCGAAUAGUGUACAUGACGAUGGCAUACUACCUAGUUAUACCUAAGUUCGUGUUAAGGUUAAAUGGAUUUGCUUUCCAACAGCUUAGGUAUGGGUAGAAGCCGUCUCAGAAAUAACAAAUUCGGAAUUGUACAGGGAUAGCAUAACACAGCAUAGGUAAUACAAAAGGAUUGUACGUAUGUACUAUCAGAUUUAUUAAGGGUUGCUAUACUUACUUCGUCUAGUACCAGAUAUAAAUACAUUUUAAAUUAGAGAGGGCUUGUAAAAGCGCUGUGAACUUAAUUAGAGGUAAUUGUAAGCUCAGUAAUAUAGUAACUGUGAAUAGGUAGAUAUUCCUUCUUAUUGUAUAUACGUAAUGUUUUAAUAGGUAUGGUGAAAAGUUUAAUAUAUUUCAGUAAACUUCCCGAAGAACUGUUUUAUGUUCCUGUCGUUUAGUUGUAAAUAACAAAAGUAUUUAUCGUCAUAUAAAUACUAUUAACGAUACCUAAUUAACAUUAUUUAGAUUACGAUAUGGAUUUUUUAAAGUUUCCACAAACGAUACCAAUUAUAACAUUUUCAAAUGACUCUAUUUCGUACUUUAAAACUUUAAUGUCGUAUUUGUAAAUGUACUUAAUAUUCUUAGCAAUUAAAAGGUCCUAUAGUUUCUUCCUUGAGUAAACAUUGGUUGUUUAAAUUGACUUACUUUACAUUCGUUUUAUGGCAGACCUUUGUCGUCGCAUUACGGUCUUUAAUCACAUGUUUAUUAGGAUUGUCGUGGUCAACUGUGAUAUUUUGUUAAAUUUUAUUCUUAAGUAAAAACAGUGCGACUUGAGUUGGUUAUAUUUGGUUUCAUUCAGAAAGUAUGCCUGAAAAGUGCUGAAUUCAUUUACUUUCGACUAGUUCAUUUGUUGCUUUAUUUAUUGUUUGUAAAUAUUAGAUAUGUCAUUUAGUAUAACUGAAUUGAGAAAGUUCAAAUUCAUAAUGUAACAUAACAUCAUUAUCAUUUACGUUGACUUUUUUCUAUGAAUUCUGUGCAAUAGCGAGUGGCCUAAUUCGUGUAUCUACAAAUUGUUUCUAUCUUUCAUUUUCAAGCUUCGCCAUCAUUAUUUUUAAUUGUGUUAUUUCCUUUUUAACUAAAUACGAAUAUGUUUAUCGUUCAUUCCAGUUUUAAAUGAGAGCUCUAGUGAAGUAUACUACUUAUUCAUUUAAAUUAUUGUAUUGUAUGAAUAAAAAUGUAUCAAAUUUGAAAAUUGGUGAAGAUGAAAUAAAUUAUGAA